AUGAUGGAUCUCCCAGCGAGACUUCAGUCAUCCACAUCCCUCUUUAACGCUUUGACAGAAACAUUCACGUGCUCUGUGAACGGAUCCUUCCCCGGACUCAGACCCAAUGAUGUGGUGGCCGCGAUCUUCUCCGGGUUGUGUGGUCCGGUUCCGGGCGGGAACCGGGAGGAGCUGACCUGUCUGAGUCUGACCGUGGUGAGGAGGAUGACCAGCGGGGUUCUGUCUCGGAGGCUGUCGGCAGAUGUGGAGCCAGGCUGGGUGGAGGUCCUCAGGGGGCUGUUUCAGGACAUGGACCUGAUGUCUCAGCUGGUGCAGCUGUUUGAAGCCGAAGAUCAGCUGAUCUCACAUCUGGCUGCUAGGACCGCAUCUCUAACUGUUUUCUAUCUUCUCAGAGAAUCUGGCGUGCUCAGUCCUGCCUGGCAGAAGAAGUGUGUUCAGACCUUCCACAGCUCAGCUCCUGGUCCUGAAUUAGACUCCUGUCUGUGGUCCCUGACUGAGCUCCUAAAAAAGCUUCUCAGAGGAACUGAUCCAGUAAUUCUUGGGAACGUUGUGGCAGUGUUUGUCUGCAGCCUCGGAGUUCUGUGUUCCAAGCUGCUCCCUGAGGACGGAGAGCAGACGCCAUCCAGCGUUCCCAGAGGAACCACACUCUACCUUCUGAUGGACUUGUUGGAGGUUCUGACUGCAGCCGGUUCAGUCUGUGGAUCUGGACUCGCAAUCAUUCCGACACACUCCUCAGCCCUCCUGAGGACCAUCGGCUGCUCUUCUCAGUAUUUUGUCAGGAGGCGAGUCCUGCUGCUUCUGAAAAGGUCUCUGUUCCAGAAGCUGGGGGAGGACUGGUCCCUGUCCUCUGGAUCGACCCACACCGACCUGAGCUCAGGUGUGUGUGCUCUGGCUCGGUGUGUGUUGGCGAAUGUCGCUGAGAACUGGUUACAGACCAUUCACAUGGAGCAGGACUGUUCCUUUGGAGGAACUGGAUCCAUCCGAGGAUUUGAAGGUCGUACACCGGAUGACGUGGUGCUCCGAGCCAUCAGCCUGAUUCUGCUCAAGUCCAUACAGGUUCAGAUCCAACAGACUGGAGCUGCAGAUGGAGUGGACCGAGCCAGGACCUACUGGACUGGUCUCCAGAGUCUGUGGGACUUCUUGAGACGGAGUGAUGCCUCUCUGAGAGACCUUCCUCACCCCUGCUUCUGGAUCAGUCAGCUGUUUGGAGAGCAGGACGAUGAUCUGAUGGAGGCCGCAAGCACAUGUCUUUCUGUGUUCCUGACGUUCAGACAGAGUUCAGAGCUGGAUGAUGGCAUCGUGUUGGAGGCAGCCUGUUCUUCUGGUUGUAACCCUCACUGCCAUUUCAUCCUCCUGCUUCAGAGUUUCUCCUUCGAUCACAGCAUCCUCCUGGACUUCCUCAUCUCCAUGGAAACCUGCUUCCUGGAAUAUUUUGUGUGUUACCUAAAGUUCCUCAGAGAAGACUGGCAGGGCUUCUUCGCAGCCUGUGGAGUCAUCGGUUCAUCAGACGGUCCACUUCCUGGUACCGGUAGAGGCUUUCGUUUAUCAGACGGUCUGUUGUCUGGUUCCCACGGAGGCGUUGGUCCAGAGGGACGGUCCAGUCUGGGUUCUGGACUUCGUCUUGUGGAGUAUGAUAGUUCUGAUGAGUCUGAUCCAGAGGACCCUGAGGAUUCAGAGCUGCUAGAGAAAACUAGAUGGAAUGUUUUGGAUUGGAACCAGAAUCAAAGCCGUACCAGGUCUGUUGAUGAACCACCAGCAGCUUCACUGAGAGGAUCUGAUUCUGCUGUGAGAAGAGCGGUGCUGGUGUCACCGAACCGUCCCAGCUUGUCCCCUCCACCCGGGCGUGAGACAUGUGAGACCCUCAGCCGAGCUGUCCUCUGUCUCACAGAACUCAGAGACGUGGUGAGGAGGCUGCAGAAGAAGAACCUGUUCCCCUACAACCCGUCUCCUCUCCUCAAGCUCCUCUCACAGCUGGACCAUUGUUAGGUCAGGUCCUGGAUCAGAUCCUGGAUCAGAUCCUAACUCAUGUCCUGGAACAGUCAGUCUUGAUGUUUGUUAUGAUGCAAAAUGGUAAAUUUAUGGUCUCAAAAGUAUUUUUGUAAUAAAA